CACAGAUUGUAACUUCCUAUAUUUAUUAAUUGAAUCCGCAAGAUAGGGGGGAAGGAACUAAACUUUUAGAAAGUUGAAAAACAAGAGCCCCUCUAAUAGGUAUGGUUGUUUUCCUAAAAAAAAUGAUGCACACAUCGGAAGAUAGGUGUUUACCUAUUUUAUUUUCACCACAAUGUUUUCUUAGUCAAUGAAAUCUUACAACUUUAGAAAAAGCGCUAAAAAAUAUUUUUGCUGAACUAUCUAGAAAUUUAUAAAAUAAUAUGAUUGUAUUAUCCCACGCACUUUGCAAAGUUAUUUAAAGUUCCCGCCCGUGAUUAGAACGUCAGUCAGAAGAACGGUAGUCGUGCGCUUUACCAGUGCUGUAGAAUUAAAUAUUUUUUAAUUACCAACAAAUAGUUUUCGCUACUUGCCAUACGGUUUUCAGCGAACAGAAACUAGCAGAAUAGUCUAAGCAGAGAAAUAUUUGGCACACUCGAAAUUUUAACACUCGAUUUAGGACGAUUAUAAUUAUUUAGUCGCGGUUAAUCUAGACCUUUCAAAUGAGACGCCGAUGAACUUCCAGUACCUUCCAGAAUAGUCGUGAAUAUUCUCGAAUUUAACCUUUAAAUAUAUAAGGAGUGAAGACCUCCGCGCAUGGGAGUGAGCGAUUGAAACUGAAAUUGAGUAGACGCGAGAUAGUGAAUUCACAUAUUUGGUAUAUAGUGAUUUGGAACAAUUUUGAACAAACAUCUGUGCAAAAACAUCAGACAGUUUAGUGAAAAAUAGUGUUUUUCAAAAUGGGAAAGGAUUAUUAUAAAAUAUUGGGGUUACAAAAAGGUGCCAGCGACGAUGACAUCAAGAAAGCCUAUCGUAAAUUGGCUCUAAAAUAUCACCCAGACAAGAACAAAACUCCAGGAGCCGAGGAAAAAUUUAAAGAAGUUGCUGAAGCCUAUGAAGUGCUUUCAGAUAAGAAAAAACGUGACAUCUACGAUGCCUACGGUGAAGAAGGACUGAAGGGAGGUAUUCCUGGAGGCACAGGGAACGGAACAGGUGGUAACUUCUCAUCGUAUACCUUCCACGGCGAUCCAAGGGCAACUUUCGCACAGUUCUUUGGAAAUUCAAGUCCGUUUUCAGCAUUCUUUGACUUUGGUGGUAAUCGUGGCAUGUUUGGAGGGAUGCACGACGACGAUAUGGACGUUGACGAUCCGUUUGUAUCACUUGGUGUUGGUGGUCCUCCGAGAGCCGGCCCCGGAGGUGCAUUUCGAAGCCAUUCGUUCAAUUUCCACAAUAGCCCUAAUAGGAAUAAAGACAAAAUACAAGAUCCUCCUAUAGAGCACGACCUGUACGUUUCACUAGAAGACAUCACUAAGGGAUGCCAGAAGAAGAUGAAAAUCAGCAGGAAAGUGUUACAAUCGGAUGGUACAACGAAAAAGGAAGACAAAGUCCUGACCAUUAAUGUGAAACCUGGAUGGAAGUCUGGCACAAAAAUUACAUUCCAAAAAGAGGGUGACCAAGGACGCAAUAAAAUACCUGCAGACAUAGUGUUCAUAAUCAGGGACAAACCUCAUCCCCUGUUCAAAAGAGAAGGCAGUGAUAUCAAGUACACAGCCAAAAUAUCACUCAAACAGGCAUUAUGUGGUUGCACCAUUGAAGUGCCAACAAUGUCAGGGAAGUCCAUACCAUUACACUAUACAAAUGAAAUCAUCAAACCAAAUACAGUCAGACGUAUUCAAGGAUAUGGUCUACCUCUGCCCAAGGAACCAACACGCAAGGGUGACUUAAUAGUUACUUUUGAUAUUAAAUUCCCAGAACAUCUGUCACAAUCAGCUAAAGAUAUUCUCUAUGAUACUUUACCUAAUUAGAAUUAAUUUAUCAUUUGUGAGUUGUACGUUUUAGUACAAUAUGUGAAUGUUAUUGUAUUUAAGCUCUUGUAAUUUAUGUAUAUAAAAAUAGCUUUCUCUAGGUCAGUGUUUCUCAAACUUUUGACAGCUGGGGACCACUUAUAUCAAUAAAAAAGUGAUCAGGAUUAUCCAUUUAUAAUUACUUGCAAUAAAUAUAUAAUUCCUACAGGUCGAGAAGAAUAUUAUGGCAUUAGUAUUGUUACUGUCAUCUGUGAUAUUUUUUUUAAGAUAUUUAUUUUGUAUUUGAAUCGAAAAGUCUGUUAAUAAACUUUUCAAAUCUAAAUUUUAGAGUUCCAUCCAAAUAGAAUUGAGUAUUUUUUAUUGGUACCUACAUUGAACUUUUAAGUUUCUAUAAUUGAAAACGACUGCCAUGACUUUGUUAGAUUUUUCCCAGUGGUGUCAGAGGUGUGCUGAAGGUCCCUUCAUAGUGGGGUCUUGUUUUUCAAUCGUAACAUUCUUGCAGCUCAGCUUUUUAUGUACAUGAAAAUUAUGAACCCAGUUGUAAAAUAUCUUAUUUAUUAUUAAUACUAAUGUAAUUUUAUAUGAGCUGACUAGGGUUUGAGAAAUGUUGCUCUUGAAGACCAUACUGUUAAGGAUAAAGUUUUACAUUGUACUAGAUAAAUUUGGCCAAAUUGUCUGUAUCAGUGGAAGGACAAAAUAAUGUAAAUAAAUAUAUUGUUACUUUAUAUUGACAUUGUAGAAUUUGUAAAUUUUUUUAGUAUUAUAAAAUUUGUGUUAAUAAAUUAUUUUUUUACUUAAAUUUUCUGUUGUUACUCUCUACCCACUUGGAUCUGUAAAUAAAAAUGAGGUUCCUAUCGAAAUAUUUCAUAGCAAAUAAUAAAAAACAUUUUAAGACCAGAUGCUCUGUGUCACGCUAAUUUUUUUUUGUAGAUCAAAUGGAUAAAUAAAAUUAUAAGUUAUUU